AAUCGGCCUACAUAGAAAACGCCAAUGUAUAGAAGUGAAAAGAAAGACCCUGCGUCUCGCUAACGCUUAUAGGCUUUUAAGUUAAGAAUAAAUUUAUUGUACAUUGAUUUAUUAUUAUAGAUAAAUAUUAGGAAAUGCACUGAACAACAAGAAAUCUACAAUAUGUCUACAGGAAGUGAGAUGGACAAAACUGUGAAUGUAAAUAGAAUAAAAAUUGAGCCUCUCAUUAAACAAGAGGUUGAGGAGAUUGAAGAAGCAACUUUGCCAAUAGAAUACACUAACAUAAAAAUAGAACAAGAUGAUGAAGUGGUGGACCAAAUCAAGACAGAGCCCAGUGUGAGCAAACAGAAUCUUGAGGAUUCCACCGAUCAUAGUAAUGAAGCAGCUUCGCCAACAGAAAAUAUUAAAAUAAAAUUAGAACAGUCAGAUGAUGAUGCACUGUCUGACCGCCUCAAUACAGAGUACAGUGUGAGGAAACAGAAUAUUGAGGAUACCACUGAUAAUAGUAAUGAUGUAACACUUGAUGUGAAACAGGAACAAGACGAAUGCAUCGAUUUCAAGACUCGUAAGGAAAGCAAUGAUAAAAAAAAAUCGUGUGAAUUAAUGUCACAUGUUGAAGAAACACAGACUGAGGAGAAUUGUUAUUCUUGUAAUGUCUGCGAUGUAACACUUGAUGUGAAACAGGAACAAGACGAAUGCAUCGAUUUCAAGACUCGUAAGGAGAGCAAUGAUAAAAAAAAAUCGUGUGAAUUAAUGUCACAUGUUGAAGAAACACAGACUGAGGAGAAUUGUUAUUCUUGUAAUGUCUGCGGUGAGACAUUUGAUGAAUUUAGUGCUUUAAUGGCACAUAAAGGAGUAAAGCUUUAUUUAUGUAUUAUUUGUGGUAAAAACUUCGGUUCAAAUAGUCAUUUAAGAAAUCAUAUUAAAAUACAUACAGGAGAGAAAAAUUUCUCUUGUGUUGUAUGUGGUAAACGAUUCAUUACAAAUAGCGCUUUAAAAAAACAUCUCCCGGUGCACACAGGAGAAAAACCAUAUUCAUGUAACGUAUGUGGUAUUGGUUUCGGUCAUAGUAGUACCCUAAAGGCGCAUAGUUUAACUCACACCGGAAUAAAACCGUAUUCUUGUAAUGUUUGUUCUAAGGCCUUCCGUUUAAAAAGCGGUUUACAGACGCAUAGUUUAGUACACACAGGUGAAAAACGUUAUUCAUGUGAUGUUUGUGGUAGAAAGUUUAGUCAAAGUAGUAACUUAAACAAACAUAGUUUAACUCACACUGGAAUAAAACCGCAUUCUUGUAAUAUUUGUUCUAUGUCUUUCCGUUUUAAGAGUGCAUUAAAGGCACAUAGUUUAGGACACACACAGGAAAUGAAAACAAAACGAGAAAGAAAAAUGUCCAUGUGAUGUUCGCGGUAAAAGGUUCAGUUAUAAUACACCUUAACUAUACAAUGUGUUAUUAAAACACGCAAAGUGAAGUUAUUCUAAGAUUUAAAUUUUUGGUUUAUCUUUAUUUAUUUACUACAGAUUUACAUGACAGGGAGAAGUAAUUUUAAACUUGGAGUCACUUACGCUGCGUUUAUUAUAUAUAGUUUAACUUAAACUGGAAUAGAACCUAAUUCUUGUAAUAUUUGUUUUAAAGUCUUCCGUUUUAAAAGUAGUUUAAAAGCACUUAGUUUAGUUCACACGAAAGAAACGAUAUGUUUUAUUGAUUUGAUUGAAGUCUUUGACUGGAUCAGUUUCUUCCCUGUUUCAAGUGUCAUGGCGAGGCGAACUCCUACGCUUUCAUGUUUAUUAUGCUUUUAAUUAUUAUUGUUCUGUAUUAAGUAAGUAAUUACCAAUAGAUAACAAAUUAAGUAUUUAUAAGAUUAGUAUAUUAGUUUAGUGAUGAGCAAACAUUUAAUGUGAAUAUCGACACAGCAGUGUAUUUAAGUGAACGUUUAAAAAUAAUGAUGAUUCAAUGAAAUAGAAUUAGGUUUUCUUUUAAUGGCUCAGCAAGAGUAUUAAGAAGUUACGUUUAAUAAAUAAAAGAACCUUUAUUGUUGUUUUACAAUAAGUUGCAAUUAAUAUACAUUUGUGACUGACAAUCGGUUUUUCCAACAAUAGCUUGGCCUUCGACAAGGGCCUCUCUUCCAAUAACUUCUACCUAUCUCUGUCUCUUGCAAGUGUAAUCCAUUCUGGACCGGCAACUCUUGAGGUCAUCCUCCCCACGCCUCACUGGUCUCACCCUUUAUUUUGUUUGUCAUCCCUGGCGUACCAUUCCGAUAUUAUUUUAGUCCAUACUUUAUUCACAUGUUUGAAUUUCAUUAAAUAUAUAUUAAUUUAGUUUAAACUUAUUUUAUCUUUGUUUUUGUCUCCGAUCAUAUUUUAGUUUGUGCGUUUACAAUUUAAAAAAAACCGCAUGUCGUAUUACCGCUCUUCGACAACACUUCCCUUAAAGCUUAGAAUACCGAAUAGUAUACCUAAUACUGGGUCUCAAAAUUUCGAGCGAUUUCCAAUUCCGCUGUCAUCUGGAAGGCAAAGCCACAUUGGCUUUCAAGAAGUUGGGCGUCAUAAAUAGAGCACGGCAAUAUUUCAAGCUAGCCCACUGCAGAGUGCAGGUCUGACCUCAUUUUGAGUAUUGCUGUGAUCUCUGGUCAGGCGCACCUCAGUAUCAGUUAGGACCAUUUGACCGCGUGCAACGCAGUGCUACUCGAAUUGUGGGGGACCCAGUGCUCUGUAAACGGCCGCAGCUCGAUCAUCUGGCGUUGCGGAAAGACGUCGCUUCAUUUUGUGUCUUCUACCGCUUUUGUAAUCGGGGGUGCUCCGAAAAGCGGUUUCACCUGAUUCCUGCCGCCGAAUUCCACCUUCGCACACUUCUUCCUCCACAGCGCGGUUUUCAAGGAACAUUCUCCCACGCUUAACCAAGCUGUGGAAUGAGCUUCCUUGUGAGAUAUUUCUAGAACGAUACGCUCAAAAGAAGUGUGUACACUUUUUUUUGGCAAAGGCCGGCAACACUCCUGUGAUUCCUCUAAUGUUGCAAGAGAAUGUGGGCAGCGUAGAUCACUAAACAUUACAUGACCCGUAACGCUCGUUUGUCCUCCUCUUCCAUAAAAAAAGCUGUAUUUUUUCUGUUUGAUGACAUAAGAGGUAGGUUUCUCUGCGGUAAUCUAAAUGUUACUGAAUAUCGUUCCCAAUUGAAAGUGCAUAGCGAAGAGAAGCUUGUUGAUUUUCCUAUUCGAUUAUGGGCAUGCAUGAUAUCGACGAAGAUCGUAUAGAUAUUUUUCUUGAUGACAAAUUAACACACCUUUAAAUGAAGAGACAAGCAAAAUCGCUAUAUAUAUAGCUGUUUCUAUCACACGAUAAUAACUGUUCAUUAUAUCAGACUUUAAUGACAGGGGAGAAAGAAAACUUUUUGUUCUCUCUAAUAAAACCUAACGACUGAGGUGGAGUAUCAUAUCUCUGAGAAGCACUAAUUAAACUAAUUCUUAGUCUGUGACACGUGUUUCUAAAUUAACAAAAGUAAUGAGUAGUUUGUUAUUUAUAACGAAGUGGUAUCCCUCAUUUCUAGGAUUAAUUCUUAAAUUAAUUCAUUAAUAAUUAUACAAAUGAAAUUUGUAACCAAAAUGUAUGAGGAUUCGGUUACAAAUUUAUUUUGUAUUAUUAAUCCCAGAAGAUACUUUAAAAUAACAAAUUGUUUAAAUUUGAAAGAGUGAGAUCCCGAGUCAAUUUCUUAAAAUGCAAUUAUUGGAGUUGAGCAGGUUAUCAAAUGUAAAGUAGAUCCUGUAGAUGAAGCGACAACCUGAGAGUUAAACAAGACAUACCAAGAUUUACGAACCAUGCGUUACUCGAACGGUUUGCUCAGUUAGAGCGCUCGGACGGAACUCGAGAGGUUGCGGGUUCGAGUCCCGCAUCGUCAUAAGUUUUGCUUAUAAACUUAAUUUAUAUAAAAGUAAUGUAUUUAAUAGAUUGAUCAAAUUUGUCGCUGAUUCUGAUGAUUGUUUCUACUAUUUAUCAUUUCAAACGCUCCAGAGCAUUAAAAAAUGUAUAUUUGUUCAUUAAGAGUAUUGUGAAAUUUUACGUUGAUUGUAUUAUUCCAGAAUAAGUAAAUAAAUAUAAAUAUUCAUUAAA